AGAGUGUGAUGACCAGCUGGGGAGAUGACUCGAGGACAUCUGUUGCAGAGCAGAUGGGGCUGAACUGCAACUCCAGCAUGUCUGUUCCCAGCUAUUCGGAGGACACAUUUACAUCCCUGAGUGGAGAAGAGGAUGACACACAGUACGAAAAUGACCCAUUUGAAUCUUAUUGCUCAGUAGAGGAGUUGGAACAGCCGGCAGCGUCUGAUCCGGCCAAAAGCACUUGGCAAUCAGCACGUCAAAAUGAUGAAGAAUUGUUGGAUUCUGCAUCCAUAGGAGACUCUUUAGCUAGAAAAUGGAUCAAUCUUCUGAAAGGCAACAGAACUAGCCCUGAGAGAGUCAGACUUCCCACAGAACCAGAUAUUGCGUUACCAGGAAUUUCUGCAGUAUCUGAAGAAGAAUUGGGGGCUCUGCAGUCCUUUUGUGCCAGCAAGAUUAACCAUCUCCGUCAUCAGAGGACCUCAGAGCCAUUGAAGAGGAGCAGCCAUAAGGAUCAAGGGCAUAGGUUGGCUUCACGGAAGCAGCUGACGGGCGGUUGCCACUGUGCUGUCCCUUGUGAGCUAGUAAACAGGCUUCGUCUGAAAAACAUCAAGGAGAUGGUGAAGAAGAUAGCAGAAACCGAAAUGCACCAACCUUCACGAUGCCCCUUUUGCAUGAAGAAAAGAGCAGAGGUUGCAAAAGCUGAAUUUCUCCGUCGAAAGAAGACUAUACUGGACAACGUUUUGCUUCGAGAGAAACUGGAACACUAUAUGUAUACCAAAGAUUCCCUCACACUCAUCGGAGAAAUACAUAAAAGUCUUCCUAAGCUUUCUGAAGAUCCCAGGAAUAUAUGGCGGGAACUGAACAAAAGAGACUGGAAAGAAUAGCCCUUGCUUGUGGGAAUAUUGGAACAAAUAAACAAAACAAGGGACUGAAUCUCUCUAGGCUGAGCAGUGACAGUACUGAGAGUAAUAACACUCUGGAUUCCAGAGUCAAAUUUUACCUUCUGUCCCAGGGAGAACAGAGUUGUAUUUGAUGAUCAAACGAAAUGAUUUUUUUUUUUCAAGUCGCAAAGGGAAUUUUCGUACUGUGGGGACAAGCCAUAAAUACCAAGUUUUGGGUAAGUUUCUUUUAGGGAUUUGGGAGCAGCUCAUUGAUGCCCUUGCCUGUAAGAAAAACAAAUGCUUCUGGUUUUUCAAGGUGGGGAGUAUAAUUCUUGGAGUUCAGCUCAGUCUGCUGACGAUGAUUAAACUGAAGGCUGGGGCCCCACGUAGUAGGAAAGGGGAUGGUGUUGCAGUGGGGAAGCUUGCAAAGGAACUGCAGAAGUAGAAAUUGAGUAUGUUUUUAUAUAACUGAAGACAAGGAUAAAUCUGAAGUGAAGUUAGGCCAUCCCUCAGAGGAUUCCAAGACAAGAAGCUGUGAUAUUACUUUAGUGAUGUCAGUUUGUGGAUAUUGAAGCAGAGAAGAGAAUAAAACAGCGAAUGCAACUGGACUGAAAUGCCUAAGUGCUUCUGAACGUUUAUGGAGUUUGGGGAAAUAGAUUGUACAGUGCAGGUUACGGUGAUGAUUAUUCCCUUGCUAGCUAUGGUUGCUGAAAAUGUGAAGGCCCAGAUUUCUUCCAUUGUGAGGAAAGAGAUGAAAGCUGAAUUCUAAGCCUUAAAAUAGGCAUAUCACAGAUCAACAAAACCAGAUAGUCCAAAAAAAUCUCUAAAAGUUCUCUGGCCAACACCACCCACGUAUGUGAUAUAUGACCCUAUUCAUUCUACAGCUCUCAACCCU